UAUGAAGAUGAAUAAUGCAGACCACUGGUUUCAAUGAUGCUGGGCUUUUGUAACUGGAUUCAUUAAGGAAUACAAAGAAAAUUCUUACCGGGAUCGAUAAUGGUGUCUUCUGGCUGCAGAAUGCAAAGUUUUUGGUUUCUGCUCAUUAUCAGCUUCCUGCAGUGUACUGAAGGUUUCAGCCGAGCAGCACUACCAUUUGGUUUGGUUAGGAGGGAGCUCUCCUGCGAAGGCUACUCCAUUGACCUCCGGUGUCCAGGAAGCGAUGUUAUUAUGAUAGAAAGUGCUAACUAUGGACGGACAGAUGACAAGAUUUGUGAUGCUGACCCUUUCCAGAUGGAGAACACAGAAUGCUUCCUUCCAGAUGCCUACAAGAUUAUGACACAAAGGUGCAACAACCGAACACAGUGUAUAGUAGUUACUGGGUCAGAUGUGUUUCCUGAUCCUUGUCCUGGAACAUACAAAUAUCUAGAAGUUCAGUAUGAAUGUGUUCCUUACAUUUUUGUUUGCCCGGGGACGUUGAAAGCAAUUGUGGACUCACCGUAUUUAUAUGAAGCUGAACAAAAAGCAGGUGCUUGGUGCAAAGAUCCUCUCCAGGCUGCAGAUAAAAUAUACUUCAUGCCAUGGACUCCGUAUCGCACUGAUACUUUGAUAGAAUAUGCUUCUUUAGAGGACUUCCAGAACGGACGCCAGCAGACGACGUAUAAACUCCCAAAUCGAGUGGAUGGUACCGGAUUUGUAGUGUAUGAUGGCGCUGUCUUUUUUAACAAGGAAAGAACUAGGAACAUAGUAAAAUUCGACUUGAGGACUAGAAUUAAGAGUGGAGAGGCCAUAAUCAAUUAUGCUAAUUACCACGACACCUCUCCGUACCGAUGGGGAGGAAAGACUGAUAUUGACUUGGCAGUUGAUGAAAAUGGCUUAUGGGUAAUUUACGCUACGGAGCAAAACAACGGGAUGAUCGUCAUUAGUCAGCUGAACCCCUACACCCUGCGUUUUGAAGCCACCUGGGAAACGACGUACGACAAGCGGGCAGCGUCCAACGCGUUCAUGAUCUGCGGGGUCCUGUACGUAGUGCGGUCGGUGUACCAGGACAACGAGAGCGAGACCGGCAGGGGAAUCUACAACACCAGGUUAAGCAGGGGCGAGCACGUGGAUGUUCCUUUCCCCAACCAGUACCAGUACAUCGCCGCAGUGGAUUACAACCCCAGAGACAACCAGCUGUACGUGUGGAAUAACAACUUCAUUCUGCGAUACUCGUUGGAGUUUGGCCCGCCUGAUCCUGCCCAAGGUAAGAUGCCUACCACAGCAGUGACAAUAACUUCUUCAGCAGAGCUAUACAAAACCACAGUGUCAACCACUAGCACUACAUCACAGAAAGGCCCCAUAAGCACAACAUUAGCUGGAGGAACAAAAGAAGGAAGCAGAGGACCCAAGCCACCGCCACCCGUUUCCACAACCAAAAUUCCUCCUGUGACAAGUUUUUUCCCUUUGCCAGAGAGAUUCUGUGAACCGACUGAGGCCAGGGGGAUUAGCUGGCCUCAGACACAAAGAGGAAUGAUGGUUGAACGCCCUUGCCCCAAAGGAACACGAGGAACUGCCUCCUAUCUCUGCGUGGUCUUAACGGGAACCUGGAACCCCAGAGGUCCUGAUCUUAGCAACUGCACCUCACACUGGGUAAAUCAGCUGGCUCAGAAGAUCAGAAGUGGAGAAAACGCCGCUAGUCUGGCCAAUGAACUGGCUAAACACACCAAAGGACCGGUCUUCGCUGGCGAUGUGAGUUCAUCGGUGAGGCUGAUGGAGCAGCUCGUGGACAUUUUGGAUGCUCAGCUGCAAGAGCUGCGGCCCAGUGAAAAGGACUCUGCAGGAAGGAGUUAUAACAAGCUCCAAAAACGAGAGAAGACAUGCAGGGCUUACCUUAAGGCAAUUGUGGAUACAGUGGACAACCUGCUCAGGCCUGAAGCUCUGGAGUCCUGGAAGGACAUGAAUUCUUCAGAACAAGCCCAUGCAGCCACGAUGCUACUCGAUACGUUGGAAGAAGGGGCUUUUGUCUUGGCUGAUAAUCUCUUGGAACCAACCAGAGUCUCAAUGCCCACAGAAAAUAUUGUUUUGGAUGUUGCAGUGCUCAUUACCGAGGGCCAGGUGCAGGACUUGAAAUUUCCUCAGGGCAGUAAGGGAGGCAACUCAAUUCAGCUCUCUGCAAGCACCGUGAAACAGAACAGCAGGAACGGAUUAGCAAAACUGGUUUUCAUCAUCUACAAAAGUUUGGGGCGUUUUCUCAGUACUGAAAAUGCAACCAUAAAGCUGGGCAGCGACUUUGCAGGGCGGAAUAGCACAAUCGCAGUCAACUCCCACGUCAUUGCAGCCUCUAUCAACAAGGAGUCGAGCCGGGUGUACCUGACCGAUCCGGUGCAUUUUACGCUGGAGCACAUUGAUCCUGACAAUUACUUCAAUGCAAAUUGUUCCUUCUGGAACUACUCGGAGAGGACUAUGAUGGGAUACUGGUCAACUCAAGGCUGCAAACUGGUUGACACAAAUAGGACUCAUACGACGUGUGCUUGCAGUCACCUCACCAAUUUCGCAAUUCUUAUGGCUCAUCGGGAAAUUGUGUACAAAGAUGGAGUGCACGAAUUGCUCCUCACUGUCAUCACCUGGGUGGGAAUUGUCAUCUCUCUUGUUUGCCUGGCCAUCUGCAUCUUCACAUUCUGUUUUUUCCGUGGCCUGCAAAGUGAUCGUAACACUAUUCACAAGAACCUUUGUAUCAACCUAUUCAUUGCUGAGUUCAUUUUCCUAAUAGGCAUCGAUAAGACAGAGUACAAGAUUGCAUGUCCAAUAUUCGCAGGUCUCUUACACUUUUUCUUCCUGGCAGCCUUUGCCUGGAUGUGUCUAGAAGGAGUGCAGCUUUAUCUAAUGUUAGUAGAAGUAUUUGAAAGUGAAUAUUCUAGGAAGAAGUACUAUUAUGUUGCUGGCUACCUCUUCCCUGCUACGGUGGUUGGUGUCUCAGCAGCUAUUGACUAUAAGAGCUACGGAACAGAGAAAGCUUGCUGGCUCCAUGUAGAUAACUAUUUUAUCUGGAGUUUCAUUGGACCCGUUACCUUUAUUAUUCUGCUGAAUCUUAUCUUCCUGGUGAUCACAUUGUGCAAAAUGGUGAAGCACUCAAACACUUUGAAACCAGACUCUAGCAGGUUGGAAAACAUUAAAUCCUGGGUCCUGGGUGCGUUUGCUCUCCUGUGUCUCCUUGGCCUAACGUGGUCAUUUGGCCUGCUGUUCAUCAAUGAGGGGACCGUUGUGAUGACCUAUCUCUUCACAGUAUUUAAUGCUUUCCAAGGAAUGUUUAUUUUCAUCUUUCAUUGUGCCCUUCAAAAGAAA